GAGAAGCGGCGGCGGGCGCGGCAGCGACGGCGGUGCCCGGGGCCCGCGGCGGCGGCGGCGGCGGCAGCGAAGGGGGCGAAGAUGGCGGACGUGCUCAGCGUCCUGCGACAGUACAACAUCCAGAAGAAGGAGAUCGUGGUCAAGGGAGACGAAGUCAUCUUCGGGGAGUUCUCCUGGCCCAAGAACGUGAAGACCAACUAUGUAGUUUGGGGGACUGGAAAGGAAGGCCAACCCAGAGAAUACUACACAUUGGAUUCUAUCUUAUUUCUACUUAAUAAUGUACACCUUUCUCAUCCUGUUUAUGUCCGACGUGCAGCUACUGAAAAUAUUCCUGUGGUUAGAAGACCUGACCGAAAAGAUCUACUUGGAUAUCUCAAUGGGGAAGCAUCAACAUCAGCCAGCAUCGAUAGGAGUGCACCCCUGGAAAUAGGUCUUCAGCGGUCCACUCAAGUCAAAAGAGCUGCAGAUGAAGUUUUAGCAGAAGCAAAGAAACCACGAAUUGAGGAUGAAGAGUGUGUGCGUCUUGAUAAAGAGAGAUUGGCAGCUCGUUUGGAAGGCCAUAAAGAAGGGAUUGUACAGACUGAACAGAUUAGGUCUUUGUCUGAAGCCAUGUCAGUGGAAAAAAUUGCUGCAAUCAAAGCCAAAAUUAUGGCUAAGAAAAGAUCUACUAUCAAGACUGAUCUAGAUGAUGAUAUAACUGCCCUUAAACAGAGGAGUUUUGUGGAUGCUGAGGUAGAUGUGACCAGAGAUAUUGUCAGCAGAGAGAGAGUGUGGAGAACAAGAACAACUAUCUUACAAAGCACAGGAAAGAAUUUUUCCAAGAACAUUUUUGCAAUUCUUCAGUCUGUAAAAGCCAGAGAAGAAGGGCGCGCCCCUGAACAGCGGCCUGCUCCAAAUACAGCCCCUGUGGAUCCUACUUUGCGUACAAAGCAGCCUAUCCCAGCGGCCUACAACAGAUAUGACCAGGAAAGAUUCAAAGGCAAAGAAGAAACGGAAGGCUUUAAGAUUGAUACUAUGGGCACAUACCAUGGCAUGACACUGAAAUCUGUAACGGAAGGUGCAUCUGCCCGUAAGACUCAAACUCCUGCAGCCCAGCCUGUACCUAGACCAGUUUCUCAAGCAAGACCGCCCCCAAAUCAAAAGAAAGGAUCACGAACACCCAUUAUUAUUAUCCCUGCAGCUACCACUUCUUUAAUAACUAUGCUUAAUGCAAAAGACCUUCUACAGGAUCUAAAGUUUGUCCCAUCAGAUGAAAAGAAGAAACAAGGUUGUCAACGAGAAAAUGAAACACUAAUACAGAGAAGAAAAGAUCAGAUGCAACCAGGGGGCACAGCAAUUAGUGUCACAGUACCUUAUAGAGUAGUAGACCAGCCCCUGAAACUUAUGCCUCAAGACUGGGAUCGGGUUGUAGCUGUUUUUGUUCAAGGUCCUGCUUGGCAGUUCAAAGGUUGGCCGUGGCUUCUACCUGAUGGAUCACCAGUUGACAUAUUUGCUAAAAUUAAAGCCUUCCACCUCAAGUAUGAUGAAGUUCGUCUAGAUCCAAAUGUUCAAAAAUGGGAUGUAACAGUAUUAGAACUCAGCUAUCAUAAGCGUCAUUUGGAUCGACCAGUUUUCUUACGUUUCUGGGAAACAUUGGAUAGAUACAUGGUAAAGCAUAAAUCCCACUUGAGAUUCUGAAUUAUUUGAUUCCUCCUUUUCCGAAAACUUGGUUUAAGAAGCAUGGAUAUAGCUUGAUCUACAGACUGAAACCCAAGCUUUAAGAAUUCAUCAAGAACUUGCAAAUGAAGAAGGCCACAGAGCAGUCUUUUAUAAGACCUUGUUUGAUGCUGUGUGCUUCAAAGGGGCAUUUCCUCCCAUCCAUACAAGCAAACUUUUUUGGCUUACAACUAUUUUUUUAAUAUUAGCCUUCUAGUCUGUAAUGGAAAUUGUAUAUUUUGAUAGAAGCUUUUUCUCUAUUGGUUAAAUUAGCAUUACUUAAAAUUUGUUUCUUUAGAAAUAAAUGCAGGUUAUAAAUGUGUGUAUAUUUAGAAGUUAUUAGGCUCUCUAAGCCAUCUUGCUUCUGAUUUUUCAUUGCUCUAUGAUUCCUUUUACUGGAAAAUACUCUCGUGAAUGGUUUUAAAUUUUAAACUCUAGAACUUCAAAACCCCACCAAAGGGAAGGAAUUAUUAAAUCAGUUGAAAGUCAGCCUGUGUCUAUACUAUGUCUAUACUAACUCACGUUUAAAAAGGAAUAAUGAAAAAUCAAGAACAAGUCUUCAGUUUCAGUUGAACUCAGCCUUUUCAAGAUUUCUUUUGUAAAUGAAUACAUUUAAUGAAUGUACAUUCUCUUUGUUGACUUUGAUGAUUUUAAACUUAAAGUGAUAUAUUUCUAUCUGGGAUAUGUUUCCACUUGAAAAGAAAUCUCAAAAAAAAAAAAGACUAAAGUAUAAUAGGCUGUAGUGACUUUUACUUGGGAAACUAAAGUAUGAUUUGGGGGACUGAGUACGUAUCAACCUAGUUACAGUGUAACUUGAACUUCUAAGUUUGAUUCUUAUAUGCUAUAGGAUUUUGAGUCUUCUAUUUGUACACAUGUCAACUUGAGACUUCUUAUCUUCCAUUAUCCCUAAAUAUUGAUAAAUUCCCAGGCACCAAAGAACACAUUUGCUUACGUGUCUGAACAGAAACAAGAUAAAAAAAAAAAAAAACUGGUAUUUUUAUGUGUGUUCAAUGUGGUAUAAAAUAUAAAACCUAUAUUUUAACUUAGUAAAGUAUUUUACUAUUUCUCUACUUUAGACAGAGUGUUGCAUCUAAGCUGCAGUGAAUGACCAUGCUCCUUAGUCCUGGUUUAUCUUUUACUAUUUAAAGGGAGUGUUUAUUCAUUGAAACCAAGUUUUUGUCAUUAGAGCUGUUGACCAUCCCACCUUGUGUCUUGCUUUCCUCAGCAGCUAUCUCUUAGGUCAUCAAAUUGGGGGAUGUGGGGAGAACAGUAAGACAUUUAGCUUUUUCUUUCAUUCUUGUGAGGAUACUUAGCCUCUUUAGAAUUUAAUGCUAUCAUAAAGACGAGAAAUGAGUAUUAUUUAUUUUAUUAACUUACUAUAAAAACCCAUUAUCAGUAAAAACAGAAAAGAUAUUUAUUCAGGUGGAAUUCAGUGGGCUUUCCAGAAGAGAAGCAGCUAAUGUUUUAAAUGACUUUAAUACAUUUUUAGUGUUAGUAGGUUUUGCCCACAAUUUCCCAUUCUCCUGCAUCCUCUUCUUUCUGGUAAAAGAAAACUCACUUUAUUCACAGAAUUUCUCAGCAUAUAAAUCUAUUCUUAAAUUAUGUAUCAAAUAAACUUAUCCACAAUAAAAUAGUCAGUGAGUCAAACCUGUAAUACUUUAAUGUAAAUUACUUGUUAAGACUACUGCAAAGUGGACAUGAACUACUUACUACCUUUCCAUAAAGAAAUUUGGUAUUUAUUCUUACUAUCUGAAAUUUACUUGAUAACAGAGUAUGAUUAAAAUUGAUAUCUACUUUGAA